UGUGGAAGUUUGGUUCGACGCGACAAAAUUCACUGAUGAUUCAGAGUUUGGUUCGACAACAGAAGACACGACUACCGGAAUUUCCUCCCUCAGAAGCUGAGUGAAAACUGGGAAGUCAAGAUUGUUAGGAGAACCGGAAGCAGUUCUGAGUUGAGAAACGAGACGAAUUCGGAUUGCGUAUGUAGUGGAACUACAACAGUGAACAUGGUGAAAGAGGGUCAAGAUCUUACAAUCGGAAAUAUUGGGGACUCGAGAGCAGUACUAGGGAUGAGAGACGAGAAUAACGCAUUCGUUCCAGUGAUGACUGUGGAUCAAGACGAGCUUGUAGUCCUAGCAGCAGCCGGGGUACAUUUUUUUGGGACGAGGUCGGGUGCAAGCUGUCGUGUCCAGGUCCCCUACACUCUUGAGUGCAGCUCGAGCAGUAGUGAAUGCAGCACAUACUGGAUGGAAGCAUAAGUAUAAGGUUGAUGAUGAUGAUGAAUGUGCAGUGGUCUGCUUCUUCCUCGACUCGCCUCAAGAGUCCAACAUGGCGGAAAUGAGGAUGAAGACGGGACGUCAUGUUUGUUCUCGUCCGGAGCAGUUUAUCAAGCGAGUGUGGCUAUAAAGAUAUAGCUCGCCCGUCAUAUCUUUGUUUGCAAACUACUCCCUCAGUCCCUGAAAGUUUGUCCCAU